AUGAGCCUCAACAGGUCCCCAGAGGAGACCCCUGAGAGAGACUCGGGGAGAACAGGAUGGAAGCCCACGGUGAGAGAUGCUUUCAAAGAUAUUUCCACAUACUUCUCCAAGGAAGAAUGGACAGAGAUGGGAGACUGGGAGAAAAUCCGAUAUAGGAACGUGAAAAGGAACUAUGAAGCCCUGAUUACGAUAGGUCUCAGAGCCCCUCGACCAGCUUUCAUGUGUCACCGCAGGCAGGCCAUCAAACCGCAAGUAGAUGACACUGAGGAUUCUGAUGAAGAAUGGACGCCAAGGCAGCAAGUCAGACCUUCUUGGGUGGCAUUCAGAAUGGAGCAGAAUAAACACCAGAAGGGAAUACCCAGGGCGCCAUUAAGUAAUGAAUCUAGUUUGAAGGAAUUAUCAGAAACAGCAAAGUUGCUGAACACAAGUGGCUCAGAGCAGGGCCAGAAACCAGUGUCCCCUCCUGGAGAAGCAAGUACCUCUGGACAUCACUCCCUACAAAAAUUGGAACUCAGGAGAAAGGACAUUGAAGUAAAGAUGUAUAGUCUACGAGAAAGAAAGAGCCUUGCAUACCAAGAGGUCAACGAGCCCCAGGAUGAUGACUACCUCUAUUGUGAGAAGUGUCAGAACUUCUUCAUUGACAGCUGUGCUGUUCAUGGGCCCCCUACAUUUGUAAAGGACAGUGCAGUGGACAAGGGGCAACCCAACCGCUCAGCCCUCACUCUGCCCCCUGGUCUGAGAAUCAGACCAUCAAGCAUCCCUCAGGCUGGGCUUGGAGUAUGGAAUGAAGCAUCUGAUCUGCCACUGGGUCUACACUUUGGCCCCUAUGAGGGCCAAAUCACAGAAGAUGAAGAGGCAGCCAACAGCGGAUACUCCUGGUUGAUCACCAAAGGGAGAAACUGCUAUGAGUAUGUGGAUGGAAAGGAUAACUCUUGGGCCAACUGGAUGAGGUAUGUGAACUGUGCCAGGGAUGACGAGGAGCAGAACCUGGUGGCCUUUCAAUAUCACAGGCAGAUCUUCUACCGAACCUGCCGGGUCAUCAGGCCAGGCUGCGAAUUGCUGGUCUGGUAUGGGGACGAGUAUGGCCAGGAGCUGGGCAUCAAGUGGGGAAGCAAGUGGAAGAGCGAGCUCACAGCAGGGAAAGCAGAACCAAAGCCAGAGGUACAUCCAUGUCCUUCCUGCUCUCUGGCCUUCUCCAGUCAGAAAUUCCUCAGCCAACAUUUGGAACGCAAUCACCCUUCUCAGAUCUUCCCACAAAUAUCUGCAAGAGAAUAUUUCCAACCAGAGGAUCCCUGCCCAGGCGAUCAGAAUCAGCAGCGGCAGCAACAUUCUGAUCCGCAGAGCUGGAGUGACAAAGCUAAAGGUCAAGAGGACAAGAGAUGAGGUAUACAAACAGGGGAAGGUUCCUUAAGUGCUCUGGGGAUGUCAACAGCAAUCUCCUCCAUGGUUUUUUGGCCUCCUGUUCUAAUAAAUUUUGUGU